AUGUUUGACACUCUUCGCGGUACGUCUCACGUACGUGUCGCCGAGGACACCGACUCAGAACAUUGCACAUUCAUACAUCCAUACCGACGUGACCACCUACUGUCUUUCGUUCAGAAAGACGUUCCGCUUCCCACAACAAAACUCGUCCUUCGAGACGCUCUGCGUGGGCUCGCAGCGCUACACGCCAAAGGGAUGGUGCACACCGAUAUAAAGCCAAACAACAUAUUGCUGGAUUGGAACGAUCAAGGAGGGGGGCUAGAAGUCAAAGAAGUGCAGAUUGCUGACAUGGAAGAUAUGGUUCACCUCCCGGAUAACCAUUACAUCAGUGGCAGGCAGUGGGGAAACUGGAUGUGGCGCAGUCCAGAGGCGCACGCAGCGGCAGCGAUACAAAAGCCGACAGACAUGUUCUCCUUCGGUCUGGUUGUAAGUGGCCUACCACUUGUAUCGCGCUUCAAUGACGACCUAGAAGAUAUGGAAGGGUUGAUCACCUACCUGGAAGAUAGCCCCUGGAUUGGCUACCUGAACUUCGUGAUGGCGAAUUUCAGCGAAGACUAUCCAAGACGUCCACUCUGCCUGUGGAGCGAUCUCGACGAAGAUUUGAAGGAUCUUUUGACGAAGAUGAUGAGUAUGGACCCGAAACGACGCAUCACAGCUUCUGAGGCUUUGGCGCACAAGUGGUUUGCGGACGUGCCUUGA